AUGGUGGCGGUGGUGGUGGUGGUAGUAAUAAGAUGGUUGAGAAAGAAAAGGCCUACUGGAGUAAACUUAGACAGAUGGGAUUCAUCUUCAUCAGCAGAGAUGGAGAUGAUCUCUAUUCCGGGUUUGCCCAGGAGAUUCAAUAUUGAAGAGCUUGUAGCUGCAACAGAAAAUUUUAAGGCCCAAAUUGGCAGUGGAGGAUUUGGUACAGUAUAUAAAGGUACUGUACUAGACAAUACUGUAGUGGCAGUGAAAAAGAUAACAAGUUUGGGAGACCGAGGGAAGAUGGAAUUAUGUGCCGAGACAGCAACAAUCGGAAGCAUCCACCAUGCAAAUCUGGUUAAGUUGAGAGGUUUCUGCACCCAUGGGAAACAAUGCUGUCUGAUUUAUGAGUAUAUGAAUAGAGGUUCAUUGGAGAAGAUCCUUUUUGGUAAUGGCCUGGUUUUAGAAUGGCCAAAAAGGUAUGAAAUAGCACUUGGAAUGGCAAGAGGACUUGCUUACUUGCACAGCGGAUGCGAACCAAAGAUCAUCCACUGUGACAUCAAGCCAGAGAACAUUCUUUUAAAUGAUGAUAUGCAAGUCAAGAUAUCAGAUUUUGGGCUUGCCAAGCUGCUAUAUGAUGAAAAAUCAGAACUAUUGACAACAUUGAGAGGAACUCGGGGUUACCUUGCACCCGAAUGGCUAACUAGCAGAGGAAUCACAGACAAGACUGAUGUGUACAGCUAUGGUAUGGUUUUAUUUGAACUUGUGAGGGGAAGUAGAAAUUGUAUGUUUCAGAGCAGUGGCAAUGAAAAUGGUGAAGGAAAUGUGCAUAAGCUAAAGAGGUAUACAUAA